UUUAGUUUUUAGUUGAAAAAUAAAUAGUGGAAAACAGUAAAACACAAGACUCAAACAGUAAAACAUUAAUAUAUUCACUUAUUAAAAUAACAAUAAUAUGAUGUUAAAUAUUAAUUAUUCAACACCUAUUUAAUCAAUCAAAAUAGUACCGGAACAGUUGAAACUUAGGUUACAUCAUAGUGAUUACAAGUGGGACUAAGUCAUAAUACCUCAACACCAUAAAAAUAUAUCUACAAUUUUUCUAAACUUUACAGUGGACGUUCAAAUAAAAUUAAUAUAAUGUCACUUGUGGCGUACGCAGACAGUGAUUGCGAUUCGGAUGACGAUAAUGGUGAAGUAAUAAAUUCAUCAUCUAAUGUUGUAAAAGAAGUGACAAAAACAAUUGGUAGUAAACCAUUUUUAACACUGCCUGAACCCAAAUCUAUUGAAAACGUAAAAACAAUAGAUGAUUAUGAUUCAGUUGAAGAAGAAAAACUGGUGGAUCAAACAAAACCACCGAUCGUUAAUAGCAUUCAAGAAAAAAAAGAAAUCCCUUUAUUCCCCACAUUACCUAAACCUAAAACUGGAGGAAAAAUCAAAAUAAUAAUUCCUUCAUUAAAUGAAUUUUAUGAUGAAGAUGACGACUAUCAACCAAAAUGUAAAAUUAUCAAACCUUCAAAUAGCGGAUGUGGCUUAUUCUCCAUGUUGCCUGAUCCAAAAAAUAAAAAAACCAGCAAAGCGUCAACCAUAUCAAUGGUUCCCAGGGCGACAAUGCGUAAUAUUAAGAAUGUUAAAGAAAACCCUAAACCCAAAACAUUAGAAAUUAAAUGUUUUGAUACUAAGCCAAUUGAAGUUGAAGAUGAAGCUGAUGAUGAUGAUCAAGACGAUGGCGAUUUCUUAGGAUUGAACAAAAUAAAUGAAGUACUUGAUGUAGCGCCUGUUGCUGGGUUUGAUUUACCCGAAAUACAAACUAAUACAACUUUAGUUGAAGACGACAGGGUUUAUGGACCAGUGUAUUGUUCUGAACCCAAUGAAUCUGACCUUUAUGAAGAAGAUGAAACAAAACUAAUUCUCGACUCAAAUGCUUUGAAACAACUUAGUGAUCCUAGCAAGACUCAAAUAAAACAAGUUGAAGUAAUAAAUGUAGAUAUGCGUCAAGUAAUGGAAGAGUCUCAACAGUGGUUACAAAAGAACAUGACAGAGGAGUAUGCGGAAAGUAAAAAUGUCAGUAGUGAUAUUAAUAUAAGUGGACAAUCCAAACGCAAACACCAGAUAACAUAUUUAGCUCAACAGGCUAAAGCCAAUGAGUUGAAACUUAAAAACAUGUGGGCUGAGAAUAGAAUGACAAGGAAGCAAACACAAGCUAAAUAUGGAUUUUAAUUGUUAAAAAAAAAG